AUGAGCUCGCUGCUGGAAGGCGGUUCGUGGAUGCCCCGGUGGGUGACGGUGCUCGUGUUCUGGGUGGGCUACUUCAACUCGGCCCUCAACCCGCUCAUCUACGCGUACUUCAACCGAGAGUUCCGGGUGGCGUUCCAGAAGACGCUGCAGAGCUGCUGGCCCAAGUCGCCACCUUGGUGUCCGCCGUGCCUGCGCCGUCGGUACGAGCAGUCGCGCAACGAGACGGCCACGGCGACCGCGGCUUUCGGCCAGCAGAAUAUGUACAACUACAGCAACGUUUCCGAAGUGCAUUACAUGAAUCCGGCCACCAUAGCUCUGCUCCAGAACAACGGCGGCAGUGGCGGCAGUGGUGGCAACGGUUGUCGUACCGAACAAAUCGUUCUAUAG